CAAUGCCACAGUUUCCAGAUACUUCUCGAACCAAAACAAUGACGACAAAAAGAAAGAUAAAAAAGACAUGGCCGGUCCUCUCACAUCAUCGACCUCUCCCCUUUGUCUCGUUCUCUAUGUGUUUCUUCUUCUUCUCCCCUCAUUGACGUCGACGUCCGCCAUGUCAUAGUUCCCGCCUUCCACGACCCUCUUGCAUUGUUCGGCCUUGUUUCGCUGUCCUCUUCUGUUCUCACAUACAACUCCACGCGAGAUAUCUUGAUUCCCAGCCUUAAAACCACGAGAGCCGGCCUCGACACAGCACACGCACACACACACACACACACACACACACACACAUACACGCCUGAACCCAACUGAUCCACCUACCACAACCGUUGCUCAUCAUCCCAACCUAUCUACCUACAUACUUGAACGACACGACGCCAGAAGACGCAACCUGACGAUGCACCCCCUCUCGUUCCUCCUGGCCCUCUUCGCCUCCUCGACCGCCGCUCUCCCAGCGACGCCGGCAGCGCCGACUAGCCCACUCUCCACCCUCACAAACACGCCAGACCGACCCGGCUCGUCACAGCAUCUACAACCCGAGCCCUUCCUCCCGACCGCCAUCCCCGUCUCAACAGACGUACCAGAGGCCGACCCAACCCCGUCCCCGAUUUACUCGACCCUCACUACUCCCAAAACCCCUUCAAACUCCUCGUCCCCCGCCACAAACUCCACCGCCCCUUGCUUCUCCCGCAGACCUCCCCUCCGCCUCGGCCCAGCCCGUCUGCACAGAAAACCCUCUCAGGACUCGCUCCUUUCCACCACAGGGACCCGGCAAACGACCCCGACCAGCUUCGCCGCCCCGGCCGUCGCGGUCGCAGUCGCCGCCGCUGCUGUCGAGACUCCGACGGACUCCGGCCCCCGCGACUACGCCUCCCUCAUCCCGCCCGCACCCGGCGUCACCCCGCGCCCGGAGCCGAACCUCGCCGAGCUGGGGUUUUACCAGACGACGUACUACUCCUGCGUGACGCGGAAGGCCUCGGUCCACUGCGGCUGGCACCGGCCCAUCUUGGUUGCGCCGGCCAACAACGCCGCCGGAUCAUCCUCGGCGAGCCGGAGAGCGUGCAUGUGGUUGCUCGUCGCCGCUCUAGUCGGCGCUCUCGUGGCGCGCUGAGAGGGCUAUGAGCCGAGAUCCGCGUAAUAAUAAUGCAUGUCGGCGGGGAGCAUCUCUCAAGACGAGCGCGACUGUUAGAAAGAUGCAUUCACAUCUCGCAACAGGCGCCCGCGCAGCCGUGCUGACAUGACUAGCGCGCUCCCCAGCGCGCGCCUCUCAGUGCCGCCGGCAGGGCCCAUGGACCGUGGCGCCCACCGGCUGGUCUCGUUUCGAGUCGACGGGUCUUUUUUCCCCGCGUGGC